AUGAUUUGCGUUGAUCAUCAUCCGGAAGUCAAGCUCUUCUACGAAGACGAAUGGGAUGACGAUUUUCCGUUCCGAUCCCCAAAAGCAAGAAAGGAACGACGACCUAAGCAUAAGCCGGAUCUUGAGGAGGAUAUCAUAGAGGAAGAAGAAAAUGACAAUGAUGAUGAUGAAAACAAUGAGAAUGUCGAUCCACAAGUAGAUAGUGAUCUUCCGGCCAUGGAAGAGCUGAAGGAGAAG